CUGCCCGCCUUUCACGACAGCGCCGCGCUUUACGAUCAUCUCCCCUCCCCGACUUCUUUUCCUCCAUUUUAUGGCGCGUGGACCUGCGGCCUGGGGGAGCUUAGUAGUCUGGGCUGGGUCAGGGCCCAACCUCAGCCGCUCCAUCUCCUGCCUCCGCGCCUUCGCCCCCAUGGCGAGAACGUCAUGGGCCCACGCAUUAUAUCCGGCCUCUCGGUGGCGCGGAGCCCCCAGGAGGAACUGAAUUCAAAUCCUACGCCACUCCUUAGCUGCAAGUCCCUCGUCCUCACUGGCCUUCCGUUAUGGGCACCCAAGGUGCCUGACACUCAGUAGGCGCUCAAUACAUGCUUAUUCCCCCCGGAGAGGGGCUCACAGUAGGCCCUUUAUAAGGACUCACUGACCAAUAGGCAGUGAUGUGGCUGGGGCUUUGUCUCCAGCCUCAGCUCCUUGCCCUGCACACAGUAGCUGCUUCCUCAGUGUUAGUUGCCUGGGGUUUGAAGGUGCACAAAGUCUGGAGCUCAACAUGAUUCUGAGAAGGGCUGCACAGACUUCCCCAGGUGGAGGAACAAACAGCACCUCGUGCUGGGCUCUCCCGAGCGAGUCCCCGUAUCUGUCGGUGGACGUCCCCUGUGCGUGAAGCCGCAGAACCUCGACUCCCCACAACUGACCCCGGCCUGAGAGGGGAGACCCAUCGCCAGGAUCAAAGAUGCCGCUCCCCAGCGGAGUGAUGGAGACCAUCAACUUCAAUGCCAUCCCCAUGAUCCCGCUGGACGAUCACCUGUCGACGUCGUCCAUGGAGAGGCAGAAGCUGCAUGAGGAACAGAAGGCUUACAUGAAGCAGAACCCGCCCCUGUGCUUCGUGGGCUCCGUGGGCAAGGUGAACAAAAAGAUCGCCCAGAUAGACCUGAAGACGCGACUCCACAAAACCAGCAUUCACAGCAAGAUCCUGGUUAUUGAGAAACUGGAGGCAGAAGAGGAACUGAGACAGCAGCAGCGCAUCUGGGGAGAGAAAGGCAAAGCCGAUGGGGGGAAGAAGGCUAGCAAAGCUAAGGCAAAGAUACAGAAGUUUUCCCCGCUAACUUCAUCGAUUUCAAGUGUUUCCUAUCUUGCAUCGAAAAAGAGAAUCCAGAAGGAUGGGCUGGUUGAGUUGUACCAGGCCCCACCAUACAAUGAGGAGAUGCCCAAUGAGCUGCCAAACAGAGUGAACUACUUUGAGAUGGUGGGCAACGUUGUCCGGGCACAGGGAAGCACCACCCUCACUGGCAAGCCUAUCUGUGCACCAGCAGAAAUGACCAAAUUCUUUUGCUGUCCGUAUACGAGAUCUAUCGUGUUGGAUUGUUUCUGGUGGCUCUUUCAUGAAAGAUAUGAUUUAAACAAGAUGACCCAGAGGAAGCUGUUUGACCGAGUGUCUGAAAACUAUGCUCAUCUUCUGUUGGACCUGCCCAAUUCAGGCUUCAAAGAAGUCCUCCUACGGAUUUUCCCAUCCCUCUUGAGUCAAGUCCUGUAUACCAGCUUCUGCACCUGCUUCCCGCAGUCGUGGUUUGGCAAUCAUGAAUUCAAAUCUUUCGUCUGUGACACGAUACAUCAGUGGAUCGGAGGCACACUCCCAAACCCAAAGAGCUAUAUGAACUGGAACUACUUUGAGCUGGAGCCAGAGCGAUUCCGGAGAGAAGAGAUGCUGAGAGGCCCUGAGAAGGUCUCUGGCGUUGCCAGGUAUAGGACCACCUCAAAGCUCUCAAAGGCUGAACCCCAGUACAAGAGGCAGAGGCAAGCCUCCAAGAGGGUCAAGGAGAUCACGGAGAUGAGGCUGUUGGAGAAGGCGUCUCAGAACGAGUCUCAUCCGGCCUGCCGGGGACCCGAGUUUUCGAAAAAUGUGUUCAGCAUCACUGGGAAGAGCCCGCUGAUUGUCCACUACCUCCAGCAGCACAACGCUUACCAGCAGACCGGCCAGGACAUCCUGAUGAUCCGGCGCGAAGUGUCCAAGACGAUACCAGAGGGCACCGCCACGUAUAGAGACGUGAUCCGGCAGGUCAGGGCCAACAUGUUAAAGCUGAACAAGGAAAUGCAGAGGCUGCGGGAGGUCUACAGCAACGAGUGGAAACUGUUUGAGCAGAGCCAGAAGGAUAUACAGUCCAACUUCCUCAGGGAAGUGAAAGACAUCAGCACCAGCAAAGUAGAAAAGAAGACAGAGGAUGAAUCAUCAGUUUAUCGUUCCUCGGGAGGAACUUACUGAUCAGUUUGGGAAAACCUUUAAGUGGAUGAUGUCCACGGCAGAGCUGCGUCCGCUGAAAACAGAGUUGGGCCGAAGAUAAUGAGUUAGGAGUCACCGAGCCGUCAGAGCUGCUGAAGCACAUUAAACGCCUGCACUCUGCCACCCUGGGCCGGGCGGGCUGGGCCAGCACCAGUGACCACAGGCGUUUCUGGGGCUGCCCCAGCGUUCCCGGCCUGGGGAGGGGAGUCAGAGCUGGCAAAGGCACGGCUGCUCCCUGUUCCUCCUGGCGUGGCGUACGCUCGGGCUUCCGAGGGCACAUAAACAUUACAUCCAGGGCUUUGGGGGCGGUGGCAAACAGAGACCCCCGGAGGCUGACUGUGGGGUGGACGGGGAGCUUUGGUGAACUUGGGAAGAAUCCCACAUGGCAAGUCAGCCCCACUCAACUGUGUUUUGAGUUGCUGAGCUCAGACCCCACAUUGAAGGGUUUGAUUUAAAAUUCAAUAGAUUCAAAAGAAAACUUAUCUUCCUUCUCAGCCCAUCCUCUCCUUUUCAAACUUCCCAAUUUCUAUUGAGAGAUGCACCGUAUUCCCAGUCACCCUGGCUUUUAUCCAACCACGUUCUGUUGAUUUGGUCUCUGAGCUUAUUUAACAUCCACCCCUUUGUUCAGGCCUUCAGGAGCAUGACCUCUAUCCUUUCCAACUUAUUCUUUUUUAAAAACCUGAUAGGUUUUCUUUUGAUGGCCAGACACCAUUCAGCAGACAAGAAAAGCUGAAAUAAAAGCCGAAAAAAAGGGGGCGACUCAAGUGACUGCCCCGUCAGUCUGUGGGAUGUCCUGUUUUUAUAAUUUAACAACUGGAAAAGUCUGUGUGUCUACUGUAACUUGAAGUUUAGCAAUGAAAACUGCCUUUCUUUGCCUUAAUGUAGUCAUUGUAUUUUGUGGCUUUCUUGGCUUUGUCCAUCCUGGAGUGGGAAUUCUUCUGAAUUCUUUCUUUUUGUUCUUGAAAGUAUAGCGAUCCCUGACAUUCUUGUUCCUCAUUAUGGGCGUGUUCUGUUAUGAGAAAUAAUGAUCGGUUAUUGACAUAGGGGUCUUUCCUUGUUACAUUUAAUUUCUUAGGAUAUUCACCUCAUAGUAGCAUCUUUGCAUCCAGUAAUAUGAACCAAUAUUCAUUGCCUUCCACAGCUUCCCUCAGCUACAGCUUUUCUCACCCUCAGCCAUCCUAGGGACUGGUGCCUUCCUCCAGAACUAUCACCGUGUAAUUCUCAUCUCUGAAAUUCCCUCAUUACACAUGACCGUCUUCCGUCUCUUCCCUCUGCCUCCUUCUAAACUUUUCUCCAUCCUCGUUGCAAACUCCAGUGUUUCCCUCCUUGUUCUCAAAGUCUACUGGCCCUGCUCUAGGCUCCUUUCCCUGUCUUUGGAGUCUUGACCCUAGAGCUGACCAACAACUUUCCUUUGCCUCAUUUUCCUGCUACCAUUAGCAGUGUUCCUGGUCCACCCCCAGUAUCCGCCAGCCUGACCUGCUGAACAUCACAGGAGGGAGACACCCCAAUCUGUUGCCUGGGUCCACAACAAAUUCAUGCUAAUCAGUCUUAAUUGUUCCUUACUGCUACAUAGAAGAGCGUAAGUUUUCUUUAAUUGACUCUCUCCCAAACUCCCCUCCGCAAUCCUCAAGCAAGCUCCCAAGCUGCUUCCAGCUCCUGUCUCUACCCAUGUCCUCAUCUCCUGCUACAUGGGGGCGGUAGAAGCCAGCUGCUGUGAACCCCAUGUUUUCCUACUCUGCACCUCCCCACUCGUAUGAGGAAGUCAUGGUCCUUGCAGCCAAAAGCCAUCUUCUCCAGGAAGGAGCUCAUCCUCACAAGUGAUUGCCGCUCCCUCUCUUCUCAAGCCGGUGUCCUGCACGGCACCUCCUGGCACUGCCAGACUUCGGCUGCUCAUUGCCUCCUCUUCCUUACCAUGGGUGCUGUGGCCCUUCACGUCUCUGCCCUGGAUUAUUGCCGUGUCCUUUCUCACAGGCUCUCUCCCCUCGCUAGCUCAUCCUUCGUCCAGCUGUCAAAUCAUCUUCCUAAGGGACAAGGGUGGCUGGUCACUCCACUGCUCGAAAGCCCUGCCCUGUGACCAGAUACGGACUCUUGGGCAUGACAUUAUGGUCUUGUGCCACCUAACGGGCAUUCCCCUUUCUAGCCUUAUUCCACACACCUCCUUAUUUGAACUAAAUUGGAUGGUUUACCAUUUUCUACAUUUAAUAUUCCACAUCCCACUGCUGGAUGUUCGCCUGAACUGCCCCCGGUCCUUGGACUUCCGCUCCCCUCUGCUUUCUCAGAAUACUUAUCUUCCCUUAAGGCUUAAUGCCAGUGUCACCUACUAGGAGAAACCUUCCCCAAUCCCUUCUCCCUCCCUCCUCAUCUUUUCUUAAACCACCUUUAUUUGUGUGUUUUGUAUCUCUCAAGUAGAAGGUGAGCUCCCGCGGACAAGAGCUUGUUUUUUGUCUUUAAAUCCUCAGCUUUGUAAAAUGUCUUAUAUAUAUAUAGUAGACCUUCAAUAAAUGCCUAUUGAGUCAAAUA